GCCAGAGUGACGCAGUGAGCACGCAGCAGAUCUGCUCGUAGGAGAGAAGAAAAUAUUUUCUAAAAUAUCCGAAAUAUUUGGUUUUAGAGUGAGCGAAACGAAGCGAAAGGGACCCGGACGCGCUUACGAAAGCUAAGUGCUUUUGUGGCGCGGAGCAGCCGCGGUGUUUUACGCCGUCUGUUAGCGCCAAAUGCGGACUAAUUCAUUGUGGGGUUUUUUAUUCAUAAUAUUUUGAGUCGAAAGUGUCUUAGUGCAUGUGGAGUUUUGUAUUUCUUUUUAACAUUUAGAAAAAACAAGUUAUACAACCAGCGCGGCUGUCGCUCGUCGGAGGAGCGGGUCCUAACGCCCGCCGGUUAGCCGCCCGCACAGCUGGAGAAAUGCUUCAGCAGAAAUCACUUUUUAAACUCUUCCACAUUAUGGAAACACAUCUCAUAGAGCAAGGUUAAAUCUGUAGUCUGAGAACACAAAAAGAACACGUCAUUUUUUGGACACUUUUUCCAAACAGUGGAGUGAACUGAAUUAUUGAAGACUUGUAGUUUUUCAAAGAGGCAAAGUAUUUUUCUGGUUGAGUAAUGGUCGUUAACACCAUCCACUGGUUCAGGAAGGGCUUGCGGCUCCAUGACAAUCCAUCCCUCAAGGAAUCUCUGCUGGGAGCGGAUACGGUCCGCUGUGUCUACAUUCUGGACCCCUGGUUUGCCGGAUCGUCCAGUGUUGGGAUAAACCGGUGGAGGUUCUUACUGCAGAGUCUUGAGGAUUUGGACUCCAGCCUCCGUAAACUCAACUCUCGUCUCUUUGUGAUCCGAGGACAGCCCACUGAUGUCUUUCCCAGACUUUUCAAGGAGUGGAAAAUUACCCGUCUUUCCUAUGAGUAUGACUCGGAGCCCUUCGGGAAGGAGCGAGACGCAGCUAUUAAGAAACUGGCCUCCGAGGCCGGAGUGGAGGUGACGGUCCGCAUCUCCCACACCCUCUAUGACCUCGACAAGAUCAUAGAGUUGAAUCAGGGUCAGUCCCCCCUCACCUACAAGCGGUUUCAGACCCUCAUCAGUCGGAUGGAGGCCGUGGCGGUUCCUGCAGAGCCCAUCACGGCUGAGGUGAUGGGGAAAUGCACGACCCCACUCUCUGAAGACCACGAUGACAAGUUUGGGGUCCCGUCCCUGGAGGAGCUGGGUUUUGAUACUGAAGGUCUGACGUCGGCCGUGUGGCCAGGAGGAGAGACGGAAGCACUCACACGACUCGAGAGACACCUGGAGAGGAAGGCUUGGGUGGCCAACUUUGAGCGCCCCAGAAUGAACGCCAACUCUCUGCUGGCGAGCCCCACAGGACUCAGCCCGUACCUGCGCUUCGGCUGCCUCUCCUGUCGCGUCUUCUACUUCAAACUGUCGGACCUCUACAGGAAGCUGAAGAAGAACAGCUCUCCUCCUCUCUCGCUUUACGGCCAGCUGCUGUGGCGUGAGUUCUUCUAUACCACGGCCACCAACAACCCCUGCUUCGACAAGAUGGAGAGCAAUCCCAUCUGCGUCCAGAUCCCUUGGGACCGCAACCCUGAGGCACUGGCCAAGUGGGCGGAGGGCAAGAGCGGCUAUCCCUGGAUCGACGCCAUCAUGACCCAGCUGAGGCAGGAAGGCUGGAUCCACCACCUGGCCCGACACGCCGUGGCCUGUUUCCUGACCCGAGGAGACCUGUGGAUCAGUUGGGAGGAGGGCAUGAAGGUGUUUGAGGAGCUCCUGCUGGAUGCAGACUGGAGCGUGAACGCUGGCAGCUGGAUGUGGCUCUCCUGCAGCUCUUUCUUCCAGCAGUUCUUCCACUGUUACUGUCCCGUGGGUUUCGGCCGGCGCACGGACCCCAACGGAGAUUACAUUCGACGCUAUCUGCCCAUUCUGAGGGGAUUUCCAGCCAGAUACAUUUAUGAUCCCUGGAACGCUCCAGACAGCGUGCAGAAGGCAGCCAAAUGUAUCAUUGGGGUCCAUUACCCCAAACCCAUGGUGAACCACGCCGAGGCAAGCCGACUCAACAUUGAGCGAAUGAAGCAGAUCUACCAGCAGCUGUCCUGUUACAGGGGCCUCGGUCUUUUGGAAACCGUCCCAUCCAACUUCAGUGGUAACGGAAACGGUGACACGUCAGACAGGAUGGGACUUUCGGCACAUGAUGCUGCAGCGCCCUCUGGGUACCAGACGCCGGUUCAGGCCCAGAGCGGAGCGAUGAUGUUCCUGCAGGGCGAGCCACCAAGCCACUCCCACCAGCAGGGUUCCCCCGGAACCAGUAUGAUGUGCUACAGUAAAGGUGUCCAGCAGGUCGCUCGGCCCGCACUGCAAAAAGCAGCUGAACUUGCCACCAGUCAGACGAGCUGCAAACGUCACAGUGACGACUCAACAAACGGAACCAGCUCCAAAGUCCAGAGACAGAGUCACUAGAAUGGAAGUUCUUCGGUGACGCCGUGUUUCGCAUCGGCACUAAACAGACUCUGCAGGAGGACUAACGAGCCCUCGUUAAACUCUUUCUAAUGGGACUGUCUUUUUGCACAGUCUCUGUAUACAGAAUGAAUUUAGUCAUUAAUUUGCAUAUUUUGUGUUUUUUGUCUCUUUGUGUCGCUGUAGACUCACUGAUGUAUUUUUGAUAAAGAAACCACUGCGGAUGGAGCUUUCUUUUGUUUUUUGAUCAUUUCAGUAAAACUUUAUAGACGGAACAUUCCGGGUAUGUUGUAAAAUUGAUGACUCUGUGAGCUGUUAAUUAGCGGGAUUAAUAAUAAUAAUAAAAAACCCUAAACUUUACAUAUUUGAUAACUUAUUUUUAACAUUAUGGGGUAAAGCAUGCAAAACAAACAAAUUUUUUUUCUAAGGUUUUUUUCAGUUAUUUAUUAGAGGAAAAAAAGUAAAAUAAUUAAAUGCGCAUUUUAUAAUUGACAAUAAAAUAAAAAGACACGAGCAAAAAGUUGAAUUUGUUAAAUUAUGAUUAAACAUCUUUUUUUUAAUAUAUGAAGACAUCACUGCCAAUUCUGAAAUAAAUUAAAUUAGAUCUUGCAGAUAACUGCUUCAUAAAUAAGAAUCACUGAACCCUGAGGAGAAAGUGACGUCAUUCAACGGUAAACACCCCCCCCCCUCUUUUUUUUUUUUAAAUGAAUUAUAAUAAUAGCAUCUUUCCCUGUUGUUUUGUUUGUUGUUGUUGUUGUUUGUCACUCCACAUACUUAUUGCUCUUCAGUUGACUCCUUUUAUUUUUAUGGUGUUGACUUCUCACCUUUUUAACACUUGCCAAUAAAAGCAGGUGGGAAUUCCAGGUUGUCACGUCCUGGUGUGUCCCGUUCGGGAUCCCAAAAAUAAAUGUGUAGUUCACAUCAUUAUUUGUGCUUGUUUCAUUAAAAAUACUUACAAUAUUCACUUGA